GUGUUGUUGAUAAUUUCCAAAUGAGGAUAAUUUUUUAAAAUAAUAUAAUAUAAAAAAAUAAACGUGUCCAUUGUAUACUUUUUAAAUUAUCAGUUGCUUAAUAAUUAAAUAUAAGUUAUUGACGACUGCUCCGUAACUUUGAAUAAUGGAUUUUUGUUGUUCUUACAAUUGUACAUCUCCAAUCAGUGGACCGUCACCGCCAGUAUUUAGUCAGUUAAUUCAGACACUCAUUGCAGCGCAAUGUAGUCUUGGUAAAAUAGACGAUUAUCCUCCGGAUCGAACAUCUGAGAUUAUGGCAAAUCCUGAAGAAUCAUUCGAUUUUAUAAUUGUCGGUGGUGGAUCAGCUGGUUCGGUUUUGGCUGCACGAUUAUCUGAGCAGUCUGAUUGGAAAGUAUUACUAAUAGAAGCUGGAACUUAUCCUUCAGCGAAAAGUGACGUACCAGCUUUAUUUUUAGAACUGCAAGAAACUUCGGAAGAUUUUGCAUAUCAAGUUGAACCACAGAGUGACUUCUGCUUGGGAAUGAAAAAUAAACGUUGCAAAUGGUCAAAAGGGAAAGUUCUUGGGGGGAGCUCUACUAUUAAUGCUAUGCUAUAUAUUUAUGGAAACAAAGGAGACUUUGAUUCAUGGGCGGCAGAAGGCAAUGAAGGUUGGGGUUAUGAGGACGUUCUUCCUUAUUUUAAGAAAUCUGUUAAUUAUCCGCAUGAAGUAAUCCAGAAACAUGGGGACAAAUAUUACGGAAGUGAAGGUCCUGUGAAUGUACGCUCUUAUAAUUAUACAGAGUCUAAUAUUCAAGAAAUUUUUUUACAAGCCGCUGCAGAAAAAAAUAUACCGAUUUUGGACGCUUUUAAUGCGGAUCGUUUCAUAGGUUUUGGUAGAGCACAUGGAACACUUGAUAAGGGUCACCGUAAUAGUGCAGCAAAAGCUUUUCUAUCUCCGAUAAAAAACAGAGCAAAUCUUUUUGUCAUGACUUCUACCAGAGCUGAUCAAAUUUUGAUAAAUGACCACCGAGCUAAUGGCAUACGAGUUACACUUGAAGAUGGCAGGACAGUUGAUUUGAAAGCAUCGAAAGAAGUUAUUGUUUCUGCUGGAUCUAUAGCAUCUCCACAAUUAUUGAUGUUAUCUGGUAUCGGACCUAAAAAAGAUCUAGAGGAGUUGGGUAUCGAGUGCAAAGCUGAUUUACCAGUUGGUGAAAAUCUUCAAGAUCAUCUUAUUUGGCUGGGAAUCCAAUUAGAAUUUAGAAAUGAUUCAUAUCAAGAAAAUAUUACUGCUAGUUAUCUUAAUGAUGCGUACAAUUAUCUAGCUCACAAUAAGGGCGGGUUUGCAGGGAUAGGCGGAAUAGAUCUACUUGGCUUCGUUAACCUCGAUGAUCCAUUAUCACCAUAUCCAGACAUUCAAUUUCAUAAUGUGUUCAUACCACAAGGCCAUGCCACUGUAAUGGAAACUUUGUUAAAAGCGAUGGGGUUAGCACAAGAUUUGAGAAAUGAUCUUAUAAACUUAUCUAAAGAUAUCAACACCAUUUUCAUGUGUCCUACUUUAUUGAAGCCUAAAAGCAUUGGUGAAGUGAAACUACGAAGCAAGUCACCAAGCGACCCCGUUAAAAUUUAUACUAAUUAUCUGAUAGAUGAAAGAGACAAACAAAAACUGCUCAAAGCCGUUGAUUUUGUCAAAGACUUUGUGGAUACUGAAGCUUUUAAAAAACUCGGCGCUAGUUUACGAAGUUUUAUAAUACCUGACUGCAAAAAUUUUCAGUAUGACAGCUUACAAUACUGGGAAUGCAAUCUGAAACACAUGUCAGGUACAAUCUAUCACCCAGUUGGAACUGUACGCAUGGGAAUCCCCGAGAAUCCUAAAUCUGUCGUUAAUUCUAAAUUGAAAGUUAUUGGGAUCGAUAAACUUCGGGUGAUAGAUGCUUCAAUUAUGCCGGAUAUCACCAGCGGUAACACAAAUGCUCCGACACUGAUGAUAGCAGAAAAAGGUGCCGAUUUAAUUAAAGAAUAUUGGCGCAACGAAAAUAAUUUUUAAAUCUUAACAAAAUUUUUUUGUGAUUUAUUACGAAUAAAAAGUUCAUUAUAAUUUAUUUUUAUUGUUGUCUAAUGUCCGGUUUGGAAAAUUGUACGUAGCAAAAACAUGUACGAACGAAAAAAUAAAUUUUUUUAC